CUACAUUAAUAACUAUACACGCCAACUGUUCAUUCCUGUGCGACAGCUUUCGUGUGUUUGAACAUAUAUUGAAAGUUAUAUUUUAACUGGUUAAAAGCAGUCGAUCAAGUUAACUUUGAGUUUGUGUUCAUACAAUGAAAAGACGUGUGUAUAUAAAAUUUCUAUUUGUAUUAACAAAGGGAAUAUUCUGGAUUACUUUCGCAUACGGUUUAUUUCUAUUGUCGACCAUUUCUUCCUCAGAAGAGGGACAGAGACUUGCAGACGACACAGAGGAGGAGAUAAAACGAUCAGGAAUAAAAAUAUACUACGACACCGCCGGAAGUUCUGAUAACGCAACCGGAAGUGCUAAUUCAACAUGUAACCGUAUUUCGUUCCCGAUCUCAGUAGCUGCAAAAGAAAGAUGGCAGCCUAUUGAUAAAUCACGGAGUAUGUACUGUUUUUCGGCGUAUUAUGUGAAAGACAGAAGUACUGUAUUUAUUAUAGGCGUCAGGCCAAGAAAUCAGGUUAACGUAGAUUGUCAGUUCUGGAAACGAACGCACGAGGGACUUGCAGAACUAAUGUACGAAACCGAGGCUGAUGCACGAGCGCUGUUGGAUGAUUUAGGAUACAGAUAUGCGCCGACCAUUUUCGAAUGUUAUGUUAACAUGGACACUACCGUUCAUUUUGUUUCACUAACCACCAGACAUUGUGAAACGCAAACAAAUAUCUUAGAAAUCCAAAAUGCGACCAGAGGCGUCCUCUACAAACGAAAAUUAACAGUGUGUUUACCACCCUUAGUAUUUCAAUAUGACAAAACUGCAGACUUCGUCAGAUGGAUAGAAAUCAACCGUCUGCUCGGAGUGGAUCACUUUGUCGUGUAUAAUUUUUCAUCCGGUCCAAAUAUAGACCAAGUUCUUAAAUAUUAUUCAAAACGAGGCUUAGCGGAAGUGGUACAAUGGCGUCCGCCAAUGGCCGAUGACAAUUUUCCCAGUGAAAUUAAACCUGUUGAGCUUGGCAACUUCGGCCAAACAGUGGCCCUAAACGACUGCAUGUAUAGAAGUAAAAGUAAAUCGCACUUUAUCACAGACAUUGGUUUUAAUGAAUUUAUUCUACCACUGUCUAAAAAUGAAACUAUUUACGAAAUGGUAACCAACUUGAAAAGAAAUUUUGCGGUAUAUCACGUGACAAGAACAGUAUCGCAACAGACAAAUUUUUCGUCAGAAAAAGACAAGCCCAAAGCAGUGAAAGGGAAUUCAAGUCCCGGAACAGUAAAAUUAAAACAAAGACAGCGAAAUGUAAGAACGGAGUUGAGUUCAGGUGACGAGAUGUCAAAACUCAUCAUCCGUACAGCGGAAGUGGAUUUUGUAUCACUUCACAAUGUACCCGGUGUAGAUACAUAUCCCAUACCGUCUAGAAAGGCCGUCUUUCAUAAAAACACUGGCUUUGGUGGAAACCAUUUAUUAGAUCGGGAUAGAGAGGAAGUUAUACCGUUUCCGGUGAUCAUGAAUGCAAACAGAAGUGUACAAAAUGUUUGGAAAAGUUUACAAAAUGUUGUAAUUAAAUGAAAAAUAAUAUUUUUUUUAUUAUAUGCAUUUCUGAUUAUACACGCAUGAUUAGUCUGGAUAUUUUUGCUUAUUCAUAGCAUACACGCUAUUUCUUACUCGAUCGUGUUCUUGAUAGUAUCAAAGUAGUGUCGAUUUGCCGAACAGAAGCACAUAAAAAUUGACAGACUGGAACCUCGGCUAACCGUAUGAUAACAAAUCAUAAAUGCAAACAUUGGAGAAGUUUAAAAUGCUUGCAAACACAUAAUGAAAGUGAAAUGAAAGCUUUGUUUGAGUGAACAUUUCAGUUCGAUUAUUUAGUUUGAAAAGUCUGAAAUAUGUUAACGUAGAAAAUGUGUCAUUUCUCAGUAACAAAGAUGUAUGGCCGGUAAUACAUUAUUUAUUAUAUAAGAUAUUUGACAGGUUAUUUGGCGCUAUAUAAACGUUUGUUUGCAUAUAUAUAUAACCAAAGGUGCUAGGCGGCGCUUGUAUUGCAAAUAACCGUUUAUAUACGGUCAUAUAACCUGUCAGGAAGCUUUAUACCGAAAUUAUGAUACAACAAAAAAUGGUCGUCAGACCAAACAAAUAAUGGUAGCGAAAUUUCAGACCCUGAUGCUUUUAAUUGCAAAUGCCGAAAGUAGUCCGCUUUUUUGAAGACACUUUGAGUACAA